CGGGCUUUACCCCUUCAUAAACUAGUUUCUGCGUUCCGUCUCUAGCAUUAUACUUCUUCUUUAUCUGCAAGGAAAGAUACAGAAAUGGGGUCUCAGCUGCUGUUGAGCAUGUUUUAUCUAAUCAUCGGUCUGGCGGCCGGGACCAGCCCACCAUCUCCAAUUACCGAGCAAAUCCUUCAGGAAGUCGCCGGCUCUCUUCAAAUGUACGUUGAACCCCUCCCACAGAUGCCUAAGCUCUAUGGCUAUUCAAUCGUAAAGGGAUAUCCGAAGCCCAUUACACUCACCAUUGGCAUGUUCGAAAAGAAAUGGAAAUUCCACCGAGACUUGCCGGCGACGACCGUUUUUGCUUUUGGCACCAGCCCGGACACCGCCACGUUCCCCGGCCCCACCAUCGAGGCCCUCCAGGGGGUCCCACUACGUGUGACGUGGCAGAACCAUCUUCCUCAGAGCCACAUCCUCCCAUGGGACCCCACAAUCCCGGUAGCCAAACCGAAGCACGGCGGCGUCCCAGCCGUCGUCCACCUCCACGGCGGCGUCCACGAGCCCCAGUCUGACGGCAGCCCCCUCGCCUGGUUCACCGCCGGCUAUCGCGACACCGGCCCAAAAUGGACCCAGCCCACCUAUACCUAUCCCAACGUCCAGCACCCGGGCAACCUCUGGUACCACGAUCACACCCUCGGCCUCACCCGCGCCAACCUCCUCGCCGGCCUUAUCGGCGCCUACGUCAUCCGAAACCCCCACGUCGAGGCCCCCUUCGGCCUCCCCAGCGGCGACAACUUCGACCGCCACCUCAUCCUCGCCGACCGGAGCUUCGCCACCGACGGCUCCCUCUAUAUGAACAACACCGGCGACAACCCCUCCAUCCACCCUCAGUGGCAGCCCGAGUACUUCGGCGAGGCCAUCACAGUCAACGGCAAGGCCUGGCCGUUCCUCGCCGUCCAGCGCCGCAAGUACCGCUUUCGUAUCAUCAACGCUAGCAAUGCGCGUUACUUCAAGCUUGCACUGUCCAACGGGUUAAUGUUCUACGUCGUCGGCUCCGACUCGUCGUACCUGCCGAAGCCAGUUGCCAGCCCGACGAUCCUCCUCUCGCCGGCGGAGACCUUCGAUGUGGUGAUCGAUUUCUCGAAAUCAACUACCUCAACUGCUGAGCUAACCAACAGUGCACCUUACCCGUACCCCAAUGGUACCGCUGCCGGCCAGCUCAACGGCAAGGUAAUGAGGUUCGUCAUAUCGGCCGAUACGCCGACCGACAAUUCGAGGAUCCCGGCAAGCCUAGUGAAUUAUCCGGCGGCCAACGAGGGGGAGGCGACGGUGAGGAGAUUCAUUACGAUGUAUGAGUACCAGAGCUCGACCGGGAACCCGACGCACGUUUAUAUCAACGGGAAGAGAUUCGAGGACCCGGUGACGGAGACGCCGCGGCCGGGGAGCACCGAGGUGUGGGAGGUGAUCAAUCUAACGGAGGAUAACCAUCCGUUGCAUCUCCACCUAGCGACGUUCCAGGCCGUGAGAGUGACGGAGCUGGUGGACUUGACGACGUUUAGCAAUUGCAUGACGGCGAACAAUGACGCCGUUAAGUGUAACGUCACGGGCCAUGCGGUGGGGAAGUUGCUGCCGGUGCCGGAGUACGAGAAGACGUGGAAAAAUAUGGUGAAGAUUGAGCCUGGAUACAUGACGACGGUGGUGGUGAAGUUUAGGCUUAUUGAUACGAAUGCGCCGUUUCCGUUUGAUGCAACGGCGGAGCCGGGUUACGUCUACCAUUGCCACAUUCUAGAUCACGAAGACAAUGCAAUGAUCCGACCUAUGAAGCUAAUUUCUUGAUGCCAUGCCAAACCGAAAAAAGACAAGCAUUUCUUGGUGGACCAAGCUUCGUGCUUAAGUAGAAAAAAGUCUAGUAUGGAUUGAAUAUCAUGAUGAUCUGUUUUCGUGCAUGUAAAAGUUCAUUUUAUCAAAAAAAUGUAACUAGAAGUUUAUUGCAUUCUAAUAGCUGCUUUACGAGGGGCUCAAGCACUUUGUUUGCAUUAGUUGCUUUCCCAUAAAUAAUCUAUACUCCAGUAUGUUUUUCUUUUCUACAA